CAUGUACUGCAGCUUUUCUCUCUGUUGUUGUUGUUCCCCUUUUGACCGACAGGUGGCGGAACUGGUGACUGACUCAACAUGUUUGAGUUCCGCCGUUGAGCAACAGAAGAAGACGGGGGAGGAAAAAUUCUAGAAAAUGUCCGAAUACGUGACGAUCCAGAAAAGCGCCUUGAAAUUAAAGGGAGUAGGAGUUGUUUCGGAGGGAAAAAAAAAGAAGAAGAAGAAUAAAGAGAGCAAGCAUCGCCUGGAGCAGGUUGCCACCAGCCAGAACGACGAAGAAACAAAAGCUAAGAAAGCGUACGUGGACAAAAGGACGCCAGCACAAAUUGCAUUUGAUAAGAUGCAAGAGAAAAGACAAAUGGAGCGCAUUUUGAAGAAAGCAUCAAAGACGCACAAGCACAGAGUUGAGGACUUUAACCGCCACCUGGACGCUCUGACGGAGCACUACGACAUUCCCAAAGUCAGCUGGACUAAGUAGAAGAACCGUGUGUUUGAGUACCUCUACAUCUUUGGUUCCUCCUUGACAUUCGGGAUGGUUGGAUCGAUUUAUUUACUAUAAAAUUGUCUUGUUUUUUUUUUUUUGUAAAUCCUUGUGUUCAAUAAAGCAGCAAAAUAAACUGUU